CAGCAGCAGCAACAGUGGCUCAGGUUGAUUUAGAAUAUGGAUGACAGUGGCCUGGCUCCAGCCCAUGACUGACGAAAGCUGCUUAUCCCUCUUGGUUACCAUGGAGAUGAGCAGUAGCAGCAGCAGCAGCAGCAGGAGCAUAGAGGCUGUCAGGGAGAGAAUCAGCAAUCAGGCAUCUGUGGGGGUCUGCAGGAGGAAGGAGGAGGCAGAAUCGGGGACACACACAGCAGACAUGGACUUGCAUUGUGACUGUGCCGCCGAAACUCCUGCAGCAGAGCAGCCCUCUGGGAAGAUUAAUAAAACUGCUUUCAAAUUAUUUAAGAAGAGGAAAUCGGGUGGCACUAUGCCCAGUAUAUUUGGGGUAAAAAACAAAGGGGAUGGGAAAAGCUCGAGUAAAACGGGGAUGGUGAGAAGCAAGACUCAUGAUGGAUUAGCCGAGGUGUUGAUGCUGGAAAGCAGCAAGAAGGAGGAAGCGAGCAGCGGCGGGGGCAGUGCCGGCGGCGGUAGCGGGGACCAGCUGAACGCGGAUACCCACCCCAGAGCUGCGGUGACCACUGUGAGUUCUCUAGCUAACAGCUCCGUGGCCAAGUCACACAGUUUUUUCUCGCUGUUAAGAAAGAAUGGGAGAUCGGAGAAUGGCAAAGGAGAGCAUGCAGAUCAAAACAAGGCUGGCAGCAAACAAAAGAAAGGGCUGAAAGGGAUCUUUAGCAGUAUGCGCUGGCAUAAGAAAGAUAAACAUGGAAAGGAAGAGGAAAAGGAGGAACCCUCUGAAAUCCAGUCCAGCCUCAUUCUGCCUGGCUCGCUAACAGCCAGCUUGGAGUGUAUCAAGGAGGAAAUUCCCAAACCUUUGUGUGAACCAGAGAACCUCACCAAGGAAAUUAGAAAAGAGCCAUCCUGUGAGUUCCGGGGGGGAGAAGAGGUGAAUGCUUCAGUGGACAAGCCCGAAGUGAGGAAUUCUGGGGAGUCACUCAGUCCGGUGUUACAUAACAACAAAAACACACGGGGAGAGGAUGCCGCUGGGUAUCGGCAGGAGGAGAGACCCAGAGAAUCGCGGGAGCCCGGGACUGGGGACAGCCAGGCAGCCCAGGAUGCGGCUAGAACAGGCUGUGGAGAUAUUAUUGCGGACCAGGAGGAUGAGGCAGGUGCCAGCUGCGACAAGAAUGCCUCUGGGACAGGCAAGCCAGCUCCCUCCAAAAAGAACCCCAACAUGGUGGCCUACCAAGGAGGAGGGGAGGAGAUGGCGAGCCCAGAUGAAGUGGACGACACCUACCUCCAGGAAUUUUGGGACAUGUUAUCCCAGACAGAGGAGCAAGAAGCACAAGAGCCCCAAGGUGUCACAGCCAAGGCAGCAGCAGGAGCAGCAGCCAAGGAAGCCAAGGUAGCCCCUGAAUCCUCCAAAGAUGGCAGGGUUAAGGAAGGAGCUAGGGAUGGCUCCUUGGUUAAAAGAAGUAGGAUUGGCAGAAUUCCCAUUGAGCUACAUCAGAAGGAGGAUCCAAAGCACCGAGAAAAAGAGCAGCAGGAAGGUAUCCCCAACAGUGAUGAAGGCUACUGGGAUUCUACCACUCCUGGCCCAGAAGAAGACAGCACCAGCAGUACCCAGAAGGCAGGGAUCCCCAGGGACAGCUACAGUGGGGAUGCUCUCUAUGAUCUCUACACAGAUCCGGAGGAAAAUCCAGUAGGUCUACCCUCUGAUGAAAACGUGACCUCCUUGUCUCGCUCCAAGCCAGUGUCUCCAGUAACCAUAACCUGCCCCCUGAAAACACCCAGCAGUUUGAUCAAGGACUCCAAGAUUCCCAUCAGCAUCAAACAUCUAGCGUCCCUUCCUGCCAGCCAUCCUGUGGUGCACCAUCACCCGACCAGGAGUGAGAUCCCCAGAACAAAAAUCCCUGUUUCCAAAGUGCUGGUCCGGAGGGUCAGCAACAGGGGUUUAGCUGGGACCACAAUCAGAGCCGCAGCCUGCCAUGAAGGUGCGAAAAAGUUGUAAGGCCUUGAAGGUCAAGAGAGACCACAUCACAGGAAUGGCAAUUUCACUGGAAACCACUAAGGAAAGUUUUGCUUCAUUUAAGGAAAGUCUUCUAGGACAGCCUCUUCUACAUAGCCCGGACUGGAAUUAUUUAUGUUUUUUGGGAAAAGGGAUACAGCCUAUGUGAGAGGGGGGUGCUACCCAUUAGGUUCCCUUCUCAAGCAAACUUUUUCACUGAAGAUUCUUCUCAAGCACUUUUUUCUUUCUUUCUUUCUUUCUUUUUUUUUUUUUUAACUUUCUACCACGUUUUGGGAAGCACUAAACACUGGGAUGGAGAUUAUGUUUUCUUGCUUUUGCAGAACAGGACCUUAACAAACUUUUAGCAAACAUCUAGCCAUGAUGCUAAGUUGUGCCAAGAGUUGUCCAGAAUGGCCAGGGUACAGCUCAAAGUGAAAAAGAGGGCCUCUCUCCAGUAUACUUUUUUCUCUUUUUCCCCAUGGGUAGGAGAAAUUAUUCUCUGCAUUACUACUGUAUGGGGGAAAAUCACAAAGUCGAAUGAGCCAGGUAUUUAUCCAAUGAACAAAGAGAACCAGUGAUUGGCCACAGACGUAACUUGGUUUUUGGUUGCUAGCUAUGAAAAGAGAUGACUUUCUAUUAACAGAAGUAUAUAUGUGUGUCUGUAUAUAUAUGUAUGUAUUUAUAUAUAUGUAUGUAUAUAUGUGAGUGUGUGUAUAUGUAUAUAUAUACACAGAUACAUAUAUAUGUAUUAUAUAUAUAUAUAUAUAUAUAUAUUUGUUGGUUUAGAUCAAUUGAAAUGAGGAAUAACAGACACAUCUAGUUCAAUGGUGCAGACGUUUGCUUCAAUACUUAUCCAUUGUAGAAACCAGGAUCAGGGAAAUAUUUCACUAAAUGCCAAUAGACAGUACUUUUUGCAUUUAUAAAAUACAGCAUUCUUUAUGUGUAGAUAAAUGCUUAUUUUGCAGUUUGACAUUUUAUAAAAUCUGUCAGUAAAACCCAAAAUUGAAGCAAUCAGUUUUUGUAGCUAGGCAAGAUAAUUGUCUUAAACCCAAUUCUAUCUUUGAUGUAAGGCUGUGAACUCGAGCAAAUCUGUUUGUUUAAAUGGAUUCUUUUCCUUUAGUCUGUGGCUGUUGGUGGGAGGUUGGCUUGUCUUUGCCUUUGGUAACAAUCUGUCAGAAUUCUCUCACAAAAUCCCAGUUUUCAGGGGUUUGCUAAUUUGGCUUGAAAUGUCUUUGGCUCCAAAGUCAAUUUUCAGUCAGAGGAAAUGAAGAUGGGGAGCAUCUAAAGAAAACAAUGAAAAGAAAAAAGAUGUAUCUGGCUGUUUAUGACAUUUGGCUUUUGUUUUUAGUUUUAAUGACUGAUCCAGGUGACUCAAAAUAUGAAAUUGUCAAGUUUGUGUAUAAUGAAUAUUUUUAUGCCAAGAUUUUUUUUAAAGUGGCUUCCCUAUAAAUGUGUAUUGUCUAAUUUUUCAAAGAGGAAAUUUAUUUCAUAAGGAUUUAUCCUAUGCCUACUUAUAAAUUUGGAUGAUAGAUUGAAACAGCUCCUACAAUGCCAUUAAGGUCUAAUGAUUAAAUAAUAUGCAUUUUGAAACAGAUUACCCUUAUUUAAUCAAUAGACCAGAGUGUCUACAGGGAGAUGUUUCAGUGCAUCAGUAUUAGACAGAGUUAAAUGAACCUAUAAAUACUUAAAUGAUGUAAACACUUCUACAUAACCACACAUUUACCUGAGUGCUUUCAUAUGUGAUUAACUGCUACUUGCAAACUUUUUUUUUACUGUAUUUUUCUGCUUUCUAAAUAGAACAAGAAGGAAAAUUAAAUAUAGGAUAACAGUUCUGAUAAUAUUAAGGACCUGAUGCAAAAUAUCCCAAGAGAGAGGAAAUGCAAAUCUGUGUCAAAAACUCAAAGCAGGUUGCUUCUUCUUCUUCUUCUUUUUUUUUUUAAAACCUGCUAACCUGAUUUAAGGAUAAGGAAGAAGUGAUUCCUUGGCUUCUUAGAGUCAGACCCCUGACAUUUUUGCUUUCUGGAAUGUAUAUCCUUAAUGUUAUUUUGAAGUAAUGUUUUAAUAUUUAAUUUCCUUCUGCUGUCUAUAUGUGUGACCCUGUUACUCAAAGUCACAGCCUUAAAUAUACUGUAUCCAUAACCACACACAGAAGCAAAAUAUCUUCCUCCUGCUUAUAGAUGCACAAGUACACACACACACACACACACACACACACACACACACAACCUAUUCAUAUGCUCAUUUACUUAGCCAUGCAUAAAUUGACAAAGAAAAGCUAAUUGGUUCCCUCUUUGAAAGAUUCUGACAAUUGUUUUUGGUUCAGGAAGGAGGUAGGUUGCAUUUGACUCAAUACUGGCUUCUAGAUUUUAAAGGCUAAAAAUGUAAUUCACUCUCUCAAAUGAGUGCAGAGAACAUAAUUUCAAUCCUAACCAAAAGACAAAGAAUCUUUCUUUCAAUCUCAUUUUCCUCCCUAUACAAGUGAUAUUCUCCUUUGCAUGAAUACACAGAAAAAAUAUGUCUGUCUAUUUGUACAGAGAACUGGAAAUUGAGGGAGAGAGAGAACACUGGAGAAUUAUGGCACAUUCCAGGGUUGUAGGGACCAGAUCAUAGAGUUAUAAAGGUAAAGGUACAUCAUUUAAACCCCAGGGGAAAUACAUUUUCAACUGAGAAGAAUUUAUGAUCCACUUCUUCAUUCACUUCAAUGGAUUUGUAUAUCAUGUUCUCUUUGUUAUAAACAAGGGACACUUUACUGAAUGACUAACUAGCUAUUCAAUAUUAAAGAUAUUUUUAUUUCUUUCUUUCCCUUUCUCUCUAUCAUUUUCUUUCAUGUUUCUCACUUAUUAUGCCCCCAAAGAAUUCUAUGUCUAUCAAUUGAAGAAAGGAGUCAAGUCUUGGGGUAUGUAAUGCCUCUGUGACUAUUUACUAAGAGGGCAUUGGGGUGGUAAGAAAAACAUGGUUAACUCUUUUAUAGACACAGACAGGGACAUUUCUGUGAGGCUGAUAGCCAAUACGAGCCUAUGAUUUCAUUUAUUAGUCUGUGAGAUUAUUUUUUUCUAAAGCUUUUCCAUUUUCUUGUAAAUCCUUUGAGUAUGAUUUAAUUGCCUUACAAUGACUACAUUUUAAAUAAUGGUUAUAAAAGAACAGCAGAGCUGAAAGCCAAUAUACACUAGAAUUAUAUAAUUUCAACAUUCCUGACAUUUUCAGCAAAGAGCUUGGUAGAUCUAACAGAGUGAAUAUGCAGCAUUGCUUACUAGAGAGAAUGCUGGACUUGAGCAUCAGAAAACCAGACUUAAGAAUCAGGAAGAUUUAGGGUCAGAUAUAUUAUUACCUCUCACACAUACAAGAUAUGUGACCAUGACCUUGUCCUUAAUCUCUUGGAAUUUUAGUUUAUUCAACUGUAAAAUGGGAAUAAAAAUAUUUGUUUCCUUUUUUUUGGUCAGGAUUGAGUAAGAUAAAGCUCUUUGCAGAUUUUAAAGCAUUAUAUAAAUGUUGGUUGUUUAGUCAAUCAGCAAUUAUUUAUUUAAAAAUUCCUACUAUGUGAUAAGUAUUGAUGGUGGAUGUUAUUAGAGAACCCCAAGAAUUGGUUGAUUCUGUCACUCUAGUUGAACAGCUAAGCAAUUUAGUGGUCAUCAGUCCAAUGAGUUGUCUGACCUGCUUUGUUUUCUCUUCAUAAAUACAACCUGUUAUUACGCA